UGACACAUAAUCUCACUGUUCAAUUUUGCAUUCCGGUAACAAACAAACAACAAAUCGAGACCUCUUUCUUCUUCUCUGUGCUUCCUUAUUACGUUACGCCUAUCAAUUCGUCUCCAGAUCGCAGAUCUCGUCUUCGAGGAAGCCUGCGUGCGUGCGUGCUAGAUAUUCUCCACCUUUUAAUUCUAGAUCUAUCGUUGAAUCUCUUCACUCGUUCGUUCGUUCGGUUCGGUGUCUAUUGUUUUGCAGUGAGAGGUAUAAGCAGAGCUGAUUCCUGGAACCAACCAUGAUGUCCUUCGAAAUGAAUGACCGCAAAAAAAUUGGGUUAGGGCUGACAGCUUUUGGAGUCUUUUUCUCCUUUUUGGGAGUAGUCUUUGUCUUUGAUAAGGGCUUACUUGCCAUGGGAAAUAUUCUUUUCAUCUCUGGGGUUAGUCUUACCAUUGGCCUCAAGUCUACCAUGCAGUUUUUCACCAAGCGUCAAAACUAUAAGGGAACAAUUUCUUUUGGGGCCGGCUUCUUCUUUGUAGUCAUUGGAUGGCCUAUCCUGGGAAUGAUGUUGGAGACCUAUGGCUUUUUUGUUCUCUUCAGUGGCUUCUGGCCAACCUUGGCAGUUUUCGCACAGAAGAUACCCGUUCUCGGUUGGAUCAUUCAGCAACCUUAUAUAAGAUCGUUCUUUGACAAGUACCGGGGCAAGCGUGUGCCCGUCUAGUCCUCGACCAAGUUGAGAGAGAAUUCACUGAGCUAGAGAUGCAGCAGAACAAACGAUUGAAAUAUUUUGGAAGGAGAGGUUUUGUAUGCUUGUCCACAACUUCUGUAGAAACGUAAACCCGUAGGAGAGAGAAAAUAGCGUGGAGCAACUUGAAGCUUUGUACUUUUAAAAGACUAACUCAGUGACUUAAUGCUGGAUUGUAAUCGUGUUUUGGUUCAACUUCUUUUUUAAUUUUUUGAUUGCAUA